GUUAGAGCGGCGUUCGCACCUCUCGGGUGAUUUUCUCGCUACCUCCGUUCAUUCUCACCAGUGUUGCCUACUUGGAAAAGCCGGUGGGUCGCAGGGGCCCCCGGCUGGCGCGUUCCCUGGAGCACCAUCGAGAUGUGGUCCUCCAUCAGCCUAGCCCACCCGCGGCGGCGUGGGCCAGUGGCUACGUCAUGUUUUGUCGCCCGGGGCGGGUGAGUAGUGCCGGCUUCUGAGGGGAGCUCGGCUAAGUCCAAUUAAUCGUGAGAGAGACGAACAGUUUGACUCGGUGUGAUCGAGAUUAGCACGUAGAGUCCCGAAAGGUAGUGGGGGCUGCCUGGUUCUGCCCCCGCUGCCCUCGGAGGGCGGCUAUUGAGUCCAGAGUGCAGCCUUCGUGCCUUGAAGUGGGAAGAGGCUAAGAGGGGAAUACAGGCUUCUCCGCGACCCUGAGGUGAAAGAGCAGAAUUGAGGCCAGCUGUGGGGCACCAGCGUAGCUUGCAGACAGGCUUGCGGGAGCGACCCCAGCUCCUCAGCAAAGCGCUGACGCGCCUACAACCCGCGGGCCGCGCAUUAAGAUGGCAGGCUAUGCCAGUACGCCUAGCCCCUUGCAGACCCUUCAUGAGGAAGCGGUGUGCGCCAUCUGCCUGGAUUACUUCAAGGAUCCCGUGUCUAUCAGCUGUGGGCACAACUUUUGUCGAGGGUGCGUGACCCAGCUGUGGGGCAAGGAAGAUGACGAUAGGGCAGAAGAGGAAGAUGAAUGGGAGGGGGAGGACGAUGACGACGACGACGACGACGACGACGACGACGAUGCCGGGGGAGCCAUAGGUGGAUGGGACAACUCCAUUCGAGAGGUUUUGUACCAAGGGGAUGCUGACGAAAACUUGUUCCAGUAUCAAGAGGAUGAUGACCUCUGGGUCGGUGGCGGUGGCGUGAGGAAUUGGGACACGGACUAUGUGUGGGACCAAGAGGAAGACGAAGAGGAAGACCAGGACUAUUACCUGGGAGGCUUGAGACAUGACCUGAGAAUUGAUGUCUACCCGGAAGAACAGGUGUUAGAAGAUUACGACGAGGACGUUGAAGAGCUGUAUCCCGACACCCACCUGCCGCCUACCCGGACCCCUCCACGCCAAUUUACUUGCCCCCAGUGCCGAAAGAGCUUUACACGUCGGAGCUUUCGUCCCAAUUUGCAGCUGGCCAACAUGGUCCAAAUAAUUCGCCAGAUGUGCCCCAUUCCUUAUCGAGGGAGCCGUGGGAACGAUCAGGGCAUCUGCUCCAAACACCAGGAAGCCCUGAAGCUCUUCUGUGAGGUGGACAAAGAGGCCAUCUGUGUGGUGUGCCGAGAAUCCCGGAGCCACAAACAGCACAGUGUGGUGCCAAUGGAAGAGGCUCUGCUAGAGCACAAGGACUGGAGUACAAGAUAUCACACUCCAAUCAACGUUGGAGAAGUCCUUUUAAAACUCGUUCAUGGCCGCGGCGGGAGCGGCGGUGCAGUUCAUCUCUCUGACCUAUCCAAGUUCAUCCUAGUCGCUGCGGCGACUACCGAAGCCUCCGUCGCAAUGACUGAACAGAUGACCCUUCGUGGAACCCUCAAGGGCCACAAUGGUUGGGUAACUCAGAUCGCCACCACUCCACAGUUUCCAGACAUGAUACUGUCUGCUUCGCGAGACAAGACCAUCAUUAUGUGGAAGCUCACCAGGGAUGAGACCAACUAUGGCAUCCCACAGCGUGCUCUUCGUGGUCACUCCCACUUCGUUAGUGAUGUAGUCAUCUCCUCAGAUGGCCAGUUUGCCCUCUCAGGCUCCUGGGAUGGAACCCUGCGCCUCUGGGAUCUCACAACGGGCACCACCACCCGCCGAUUUGUAGGCCAUACCAAGGACGUUCUGAGUGUGGCCUUCUCCUCUGACAACCGGCAGAUUGUCUCUGGCUCCCGAGAUAAGACCAUCAAGUUAUGGAAUACCCUGGGUGUAUGUAAAUACACUGUGCAGGAUGAGAGCCACUCGGAAUGGGUUUCUUGCGUCCGCUUCUCACCCAACAGCAGCAAUCCUAUCAUAGUCUCUUGUGGCUGGGACAAGCUGGUCAAGGUGUGGAACCUGGCAAAUUGUAAACUGAAGACAAAUCACAUUGGCCACACGGGCUACCUGAACACUGUGACUGUCUCUCCAGAUGGAUCCUUGUGUGCUUCUGGAGGCAAGGAUGGCCAGGCCAUGCUGUGGGACCUCAAUGAAGGCAAACACCUUUAUACUCUGGAUGGUGGAGACAUCAUCAAUGCCCUGUGCUUCAGCCCCAACCGCUACUGGCUUUGUGCUGCCACAGGCCCCAGCAUCAAGAUCUGGGAUUUGGAGGGCAAGAUCAUUGUAGAUGAACUGAAACAAGAAGUUAUUAGUACCAGCAGCAAGGCAGAACCACCCCAGUGUACCUCUCUGGCCUGGUCUGCUGAUGGCCAGACACUGUUUGCUGGCUACACGGACAACCUGGUGCGAGUCUGGCAGAGUAAUAUAUCAGCUGUCAGUUUUGUGAUAGUGGAGUUAAUGUUAAAGCGACUAGAAUGUCACGACAUAACUGAUCACAGUCUUCCCCAUGGAAGCCCCCAGGGUCGCUUCUGCAAAGUAGAAUGCGGCAUCGCCUUCGGAUCCCCUAAAGUUAGUGAAAAUGACAGAACCAAGGAGACUCAGCACAGGGCCGGGACAAACCUGCACUCCGGGAACAUGACACCCCGAGGCGAGUGCCAGGUCCUUGCCCUGGCUGGCCACCUGGAGGGGCGCCCAGCUGGUGGUGUGGGUCCACCUGUCCAGGCCUGUUUCCCAUUGCUGACUGGGUCAAGCUGGGGCAACCAGGGGAAACCUGUGACGGGGUUGAGCGAGCUUCUAGGACCACGCAUUGAGGGUGCCACGGGACCUGGACGGCGAGGUUGGGCACUGAGGGGGUGCGGCGCUGAGCCGAGGCGCUGGGCGCCUCCGGGUACUUGCAGCCUUCUGAGGCCGACUGGCACGCUCCGCGAUGCCCUAGAGUGGCGCGCCCCGGGCUCCAGCCGCAGCCAGCGGCGUCAGCCCCGCCCUUCCGCUCCCUUAGGCAGCCGGGACAGUGGGAUCCCGCCCCGUCCCCACUCGGGUGCGUUGAGGGUGCGCAUGGCGACCGUGGGGCUGCGGAGCGGCCCGGGCGUCGGGGCCGAGGCGCUGGCACUCGCGGCGGAGUUGCAGGGCGAGCCCGCGCGCCCCAACCAGCUGCGGCCCAACCGGCAGCUCGCCUCGGUGGCCGCGCUGUUGAGGCGCUUUAGCUUCCCGGCGGCCGCACCCGGGGGCCGCGAGUCCUCGGAGGCGGCGGGGGUCGGAUGUGCGCUGCACGGCGAGCCGCUCAAGCUCUUCUGCCAGGACGACGGGCGCCCCAUUUGUGUGGUGUGCGACCGCGCCCGCGAGCACCGAGCGCACGCCGUGCUGCCGCUCGACGAGGCGGUGCAGGAAGCCAAGGAGCUCCUGGAGGCCAAACUGAGGGUUUUGAGGAAGGAUCUGGAGGACUAUGAGGUGUUUCGCUCCACGGAAGAGAAGGAGAGCAAGGAGCUCCUGAAGCAGAUGGCUGCUGAGAGAGAGAAGGUAGGGGCAGAGUUCCAGGCCCUGAGGGCCUUCCUGGUGGAACAAGAGGGUCGGCUCCUGGGCCGCCUGGAGGAGGUGUCACGGGAGGUGACACAGAAGCAGAAUGAGAACCUGGCCCAGCUGGGGAGUGAGAUCGCCCAGCUCUCUAAGCUGAGUAGCCAGAUCCAGGAGACUACUCGGAAGCCGGACCUUGAAUGCCUUCAGGAAUUCAAAAACACACUGAACAGGUGCAGCAAUGUGCCAAGCCCCAAGCCAACCACAGUCUCUUCUGAGAUGAAGAAUAAAGUCUGGAAUGUUUCCCUCAAGACAUUUGUCUUAAAGGGGCUGCUCAAGAAAUUCAAAGAGGAUCUUCGGGGAGAACUGGAGAAAGAAGAGAAAGUGGAGCUCACCUUGGACCCAGACACCGCAAACCCCCGCCUCAUCCUCUCGCUGGACCUAAAGAGUGUGCGCCUUGGACAGCGGGCCCAGGACCUGCCCAUCCACCCACGCCGCUUUGACACCAACACUCGAGUCCUGGCGUCCUGUGGCUUCUCCUCGGGGCGGCACCACUGGGAGGUGGAAGUGGGCUCCAAGGACGGCUGGGCCUUUGGAGUGGCCCGGGAGAGCGUGCGCCGCAAGGGCCUCACGCCCUUCACCCCUGAGGAGGGUGUCUGGGCACUGCAGCUCAACAAUGGGCAGUACUGGGCGGUGACCAGUCCUGAGCGGACACCACUCAACUGUGGGCAUCUGUCCCGAGUGAGGGUGGCCCUGGACCUGGAGGUGGGGGCCGUGUCCUUUUAUGCCGCAGAGGACAUGCGACACCUCUACACCUUCCGAGUCAACUUCCACGAGCGUGUGUUUCCCCUUUUCUCUGUCUGCUCCACUGGUACCUACUUGAGAAUCUGGCCUUGAGGACUAAUGUCCCCAUCCUCCCGUAGAGCCAGUCAAGGACAGACUCCUCUGGUCCCUGAUUAAUGAUGGGAAGGGAUGAUAUCUGGCCUUUGGUCCCUUUGGAACUGCCCUCUACACUCCUACCCACACUGCUCCAGAGGGGCUUCCCCCCGCCAAAGCAUGGGGGCAUCAUGGUGGCCCGCUGGGAAAUGGGCUUUUGUGGUCAGUGAUCAGCUCUGCCUUCAGAAAUCUGAAUCUAGUAGGCCUGACAGGGUUAUCUACUCAGGGAGGAACAUUGUGUUCCAAGCUCAGACAUUAGUCUGAGCUAGAAUUUGAAUAAAUACUUUUAAUCUGUACAUGAAGGAAAAGUCCAGGACAACAGCAUAGGGAUGUUGCUGCCCUCAAUCACCCAUUAGCCUGAUGAUACAGGGUGAUAAGUAUGUCCUCAGUCACAGAGACAGUCCUGUGUUCUCACCAAUGUCUAAACUCCCCUCAAGUGUUAAAGUGCAGAGCUCUCUCUGGGGGUGCGAGGGGUUAAAACGCAGCACUAGGACGCUACCUGCAGCCAGAGUUCUAUCCCAGGCCAGGUUGGUGACCCACAUGGU